AAGCAUAAACGAAACUGCGACUGAACUGUGUACACUUUUCACAAUGAGCGACGAUACCGAUUCUCCUCCCGAGCGGGAAAUUAAGGAUUUCCAGUUUCGCCAGUUGAAAAAGAUUCGAGUUUUUGACUCUCCUCCAGAUUUGCCCAAAGACCGAUCCAAUCUGCUGGCCGUGUCAAACAAAUUUGGAUUGAUAUUUGUUGGACUGGGCAGGACAGUGAAAGUAUAUGUGACACAGGAAAUCCUUUCUGUGGAUAAAGUGGUUGGAAAUGCUAAUGACAAAAUUGACGUCACCCCAGCCCUGGUGGAGGUGUGCUUGGAGCAUCCUCUUCAUAACGUGGCCCUCAGCAGUGAUGAGCUCACCCUGUCUGUCUGUGGUCUGUCUGCCGAGGCGGCACUGUCCAUCACCUUCUAUGACGUCCGCACCUUAAUGAAACAGGGGAGACAACAGAAGCUGCCCUUUGCGUCUCUGCAGCCUGCGGUGACCCCGGGCACCUUGGUGCAGGACCUGAAGUGGAACCCAGUCCUGGGGUCCAUGGUGGCAGUCUGUCUGUCCGACGGCAGCAUGAUGGUCCUGGAUGUGACCGACCGUGUGACCAUGCAGGCCCAGCUACCGGCUGACAACGGCAUCACAUGCAUCUGCUGGAGUCCGAAAGGGAAACAGGUUGCAGUUGGCAAAAUGAACGCUACUGUCAGUCAGUACACCCCAGCACUCUUAGAAAAGAAAGUAGUCCCAUGUCCAAACUUCUACUCCUCGGACAACCCUGUGAAAGUUCUGGACGUGCUGUGGCUGAGGACGUUUGUGUUUGCUGUGGUUUAUGCCGCUGCUGACGGCUCCGUGGAGACUCCCCCAGACCUGGUGGUCAUCACCCUGCCAAAAAAGGAUGAGAAGAUGGAGACCAGGUAUCUGAACUUCAACGACCCCGUGUACGGCACCUGCAUCGAUCGACAGCACCACUACUUCUUGAGCCAGAUCGAAGACUGGGACGUCGUCUUUGCCACAUCGGCAGCUUCCAUUGAAGUCAGCGUCAUCGCAAAGGAUAAGAACCAGUGGGAGCUGUGGAUUCUGGAGGACGCCAGCCGGGCCGAGUUGCCCGUCUCCCAGCACAGCGACGACACCCUGCCCAUGGGCCUGGUGGUGGACUACACCAGCCAGCAGGAGAUAUACAUAACGGAUGAAAAGAAGCUGCCCCCGGCUCCCAUCAUGCUGCUGCUCUCCACCGACGGAGUCCUCUGCCCCUUCUCCCUGCUUAACCUCAACCCAGGCGCCAAGCAGAUGGUGGCCCCCCCCACCGCCCUGCCACUGGAGGGCGAGAGGCCCCCACUAGCAGGUUUCGCCCCCGCCCCAGCUGUGAAAGCCCCCGCCCCCUUCUCCUCUGCCCCGGCCGGGUUCCCACCCCCGAUCUCCUCCGCCCCAGGGGGCUUCCCCGCGGCCCUGCGCCCCAUCUCCUCCGCCGCCCCCACCCUCCCUCCCCCGGCCUCCUCCCCCGCUCCGGCUCCCUUCGCCGUCCCGCCCGCGGCCGCCGCCGCCGCCGCCCCGUCCGGCUUCUCCUUCAGCCUCCCGCCCUCCAUGACCCCCACCCCGCCCGCCUUCUCCCUGGGCAGCUCGGCCGCCUUCGGCUCCGCCCCCUCCGCCUCCUCCGGCCCCGCCUCCCUGGCCUUCUCCUUCGCCUCCAAGCCCCCCUCCAGCCACCCGGCGGCACCGUCGGCGUUCGCCUUCAGCACCCCCUCCGCCAAGGCCGGCGCCCCCCCCGGGGAGGCCUCGCCCGUGGGCCUGGCGCUGUCCGCCCAGCGCCUCGCCGCCGCCUCCCCCCUCACCGUCUUCAACCCCCCGGAGGUGGCCACGCCCGUGGUGAAGCUCAACCUCAACGACAGGUUCUCAGCGGUGGAGACCCCAGCGCCGUCCUCACAGGCCUUCUCCUUCACUCCCGCCUUGGGGAAGCCAGCGUCGGCUGAGCCUGCCGCUCCGCCGUCGGCCAACAAGGGCCCCGUUAUGCCAGCUCUGGUGCGACCGGUCCAGACCAACGCCCCGCCUGCAGCGGUCCAGAAGCCCAGUCAAGCGGUCCAGACUAUCACUCCUCAGGCGUCUCUUGGUGUGAAGUCCCUGGAGAAGCAGUUACAGCUGAAGAGGGGAACUGACCCCAUCAUGACCGGCAUACUGGAUGAGAUCGCCCACUUCCAGAAGGAGCUCGAUGACCUGAAGGCCCGUAGCAUGAAGGCAGACUUCACGGUGGGCACCGGGGCCCAGAUGAAGGAGCUGAGGAAGGAGACAGAGGACCUCCACGUCUUUACCCUGGAGAUCAAGGAGACCACAGAGUCUCUGCACGGGGACAUCGGCACGCUGAAGACCACCCUGCUGGAGGGCUUCGCGGGGGCGGAGGACGCCAUGGCCCAGAGCGAGCUGAGCAAGGACCGGGGCUACCUCCAGCUGCUCUACAAGAAGCCCCUGGACCCGCGCAGCGAGGAGCGCCUCAAGGAGAUCCGGCGGCUGUACCAGUACGUCAUGUUCGCCGUGGAAGAUGUGAACGACGUGUUGGACAUGGAAUGGGAGAAACACCUGGAGAAGAAGAAGAAGCAGAAGCACAUGAUGGUCCCCGGGCGCGAGGCCCUCUUCACCACCCUGGCCAACAACCUGUUCAUCAUCAACCAGCAGAAGAGCCGCCUGGACCAGCUGGUCAAGGAGCUGUCCUCCCUGCACCUGUACACCAAGACCACCGCCUGGACCGCCGCCCCGCCCGCCGCCGGCUCCUCCUCCUCCAGCCAGACCUCCACCCCCGCCAGUUUGGACCGUGAGCUGGAGAGCUUGAGGGACGCUCUGCUCAAAGCCAAGCUGGACACUACUUCCCCCAAACCCUCCUCCAAAACACAAGCCAGCAAGUUGUCCCCAGCGAAGAGGUCCCAGCUGCGUAACUUCCUGUCCAAGGGCCAGAUGCCCCCUGUCCGCUCCACUGCACCAGCCAACCUGUCCCGCUCGGCCUUCCUGUCCCCCAAGUACUACGAGGACCUGGACGACGUGAGCUCCAGCUCCUCCCUGUCCCCGUCGCUGGAGGCCGGCCUGGACCCCCUGGCCUCCUACCUGGAGCCCCACCCCGCCCACCUGGAGCUGGAGGACGAGCUGGAGGACCAGCCCCUGCCCCUGCCCGUGCUCCCCAUGCCCCGCCACCCCGCCGUGGUCCGGACCACCUCCAUCCAGCCCGGCUUCGGGGGGCUCCAGUCCACGCCGGCCUCCAAGAUGGCGGCCACGCACAGCAUGGGCGUGGUCCUCAGCCCCAUCGUGUGCCCAGUGCCGACCAAUAAGAUGAUGCUGGUGGGAGCCGACAGCACCGCCCUCGCCACCAAGACGGUGAAGCACGGCGCCCCGCCCACGGAGAAGGCCGUGCCCGCCACGCUGCCCGCACAGCAGGCCGCCGCCAGGGCCGCCUUCAGCAGGCAGAUGGCCAAUCAGAAGCCAGUGGGGUCCCUGACUGAGUCCACGCUGAAGACGGUGCCUCAGGUGGUCAACAUUCAGGAGCUGAAGGACAAGAGCUCCACAAUGCCCCUUUCCACUGUCAUAGGUUCCUCAGCCCAGGGGUUUGCCACCGUGGCCAACCAGGCCAAGAGAAAUCCUGCGCAGGGCGUCUUUAAGGUGCCUGCGGAGAGUGCUGCAUCUGGCUUUGUGUUUGGGCCCAAAACGGACAGCCCGGUGGUUCUGCCCAGUGCCGCUGAGCAAGGCAGCAGUAAAGCGUUCAGCUUCACUCCGGGGGCCUCAAGUUUCAGCUUUGCCUCGGUUUCGCAGGGAUCUGGAAGCACAGGGAAGGACAUGAGUAAGUUUGCCUUCGGCAAGAGUGUGUUUGGCUCGGCCGGCGAGGAGCCCUUCUCCUUCGCCUCCAAGUCCAGCUCCCCGGCGCUGGGCGUCAGCACCUCCUCGUCCACCCCGCCCCCCAACGUGUCCGGGGACCCCGCCCGGCCCUCCUCCACCACGCCGGCCCUCCGGGUCGUGGAGCCCCAGGCCCCCGCGGCCACCGGCGGCGAGACGCUGGGCAGCUUCUCGGGGCUGCGCGUAGGCCAGGGCGAGGAGGAGGCUCCGGCCUACGGCAAGUUCUCCUUCGGCGAAGCCGCGGCGCAGUUUAGCUUCGGCGGCGGCAGCCCCGCCCCCGCCGCCGACCUCGCCAAGGGCCCCGUGACGGCGAGCUCGGGCAGCGUGUUCCGACCGCCCGACUCGAGCGCCAAGCUGGGCUUCUCCUCGCCGCCGCCGUCGGCGGACGCCGCAGUGAUGCCCACGCUCAGCAGCCUGCUGGCCGCCGCCAACGCCGCCGCGGCCAGCCCCCUGGACUCCCCCGAGGAGCCCGGGCCUCCGGGCGCCACCCCGGAGCCUCCGAUGCCCGCCCUCUCUCCGUCUGUCUUAGAGGCGGCUCCGGCGGCGCCCCCCCCGGCCACGCUAGUCUCAGAGCCCGCUGCGAGCGCACCGCAGGCCCCGACGCCUCCGGCGCCCACGCCGGUCAUCGCGGCCGCCUCCCCCCCGCCGCCGCCGUCGUACCAGGCGUCCACCACCGCCGCCGCCUCCCCCACGCCGGGGUCCAUCUUCGCCCAGCCCCCCCCCGCCCCCGUCUCCACGACGGCGAGCAGCAUCCCGGAGGGGCCCAACAUCAACACGGCCUCCGAGGCCACGGCCACCACGCUCACCCCGACCCCUGCCGCUGACCCCUCCCCCCCGGCCCCCACCGGAUUCGGCUCGGCCGCGUUCGGCGCUCCCGCCGGAACCGGAUUCGGGAAGUCCCUCUUCGGCCAGGCGACCGGGUUCGGCCAGCCCGCCGCCGCAGGCGCCACCGGCCCCGGGGGCUUCUCCUUCGGGGGCCCGGCGUUUGGAUCCCCGGCCCCCGCGGUCAACAUGGGGGCGGCCGCGGGCGCCGGAGGGGGCGGUGUGUUCGGAGCAGCCACCGCCAACAACGCCAGUUCCUUCUCCUUCGGGUCGGUGGCCACCGGCUCGCCCGGCGGCGGCGGCGCUGGCGCAGGGCCCUUCGGGCAGAGCGCGGCCCCCGCGUUCGGCCAGCCCAGCCCCGGGUUCGGACACGCGCCCGUGUUCGGGAGCAACACCACCACCACGGCCUCCACCGGGUUCAGCUUCAGCCAGCCCUCCGCGUUCGGAAGCUCCUCCUCCCCCUCGGUGUUUGGCCAGCAGCCUAGCGCUGGAGCCAGCGUGUUUGGCCAGCAGCAGCAGCAGCAGCCCAGCGGUGGUAGUCUGUUCGGGUCCAGCCCCGCCGGGACCCCUGGCGGCGGCGGGGCCGGAGGCGGGUUCUUCAGCGGUUUGGGCGGGAAGCCCAGCGAAGACGCGGCCAACAAGAACCCCUUCGGGGCCCCCGGCGCCCCCUCCCCCGGAGGCUUCGGCCAGCCCGCCCAGCCAGGUGGAGCCGGUCUGUUCGGCAGUGGCGGCGCCAACAAGAGCUUCGGCUUCGGCCAGACGGCGUUCGGCGAGCAGAAGGCCAGCGGGACCUUCAGCGCGGGGGCGGGCAGCGUGGCCUCCCAGGGCUUCGGCUCCUUCGCCAGCCCCACCAAACCAGGUGGCUUUGGCAGCGCUCCUGUGUUCGGAAGCCCCCCCUCUUUCGGGGGAACCCCAGCAUUUGGGGGCGGGGCAGCCUUUGGCUCCGCCCCUGCCUUCAGCAAUGCCACCAUGGGAUCGGCCAUGGGAUCAGCCAUGGGUGCCCCCAUGGGUGCCAGCAUGGGUGCCAGCAUGGGUGCCAGCAUGGGCUCCCCGGCGGGGAAGGUGUUUGGUGAGGGCACAGCGGCCUCCAACGUCGGAGGGUUCGGCUUCGCCUCUCCCCAGAGCGCGCCUUCCUUUGGCGCUCUAGCCAAUCAGAGCGCUCCGCCCUCGUUCGGGGGCCUGGCCCAGCAGGCGCCCGUGUUCGGGGCCCAGCAGGGGGGCUUCGGGGGCCUCGGCCAGCAGCAGCAGCAGCAGCAGCAGCAGCCCCAAGGAGGAUUCUCUGGAGGUAGUUUCACGUCCCCAGAUCAAUCGCCAGCAAAAACGUUUGCCAGUUGGAGGAGCUAGCAUUGGCUAACACUAUCUUCAGUCAAACCCAGAGUUCAUUCUGCCUCACAUUCAGAAAUCAGUUGAAUUAUGUAAUUUGUCAACACAAUUUUAUUUGUAAACAUGUUAUUUCAAACUUUAUUUUUAUCAAAAUAAAUGACUUUUGGUUGAAAAGGUAGUGUUGUGUUUUAUAAGUAAUAGUUUUAAAAGAAAGCUAUGCGUUUCAUUAUGGUUAUCGUCUUGUGGUAACCAAUAUUCAGAGCUUAUCUUUGUCAUCAGCGUUCAUGUUUAGAGCACAAAUCACUAAUGCUUCACUAAUUCAGUCAUUUAAAAUACCGUUCUAAAUGGUCUGAGUAAGGGUCAUUAUAUUGAAGUGUUUAUAGUAUUGGACUAAAACUGUUUCUCCUCUCACUGGUUUAAGGGAAUAUCUUCUCAUCAUGUGUUUAGACGAUAAAGCUGGGCAUCAUGAUGGGUCCGUGUCUGCAUUUAACGAAAAUACAAUGCCAUUCAAAGAUGAAAGAUCGUAUUUAAUUAUUACUCAGCCCUACUUCCAUCCUCAUCAUUUUAUUCAAAAAAAUCAAGCUGUCUCUUGCCGUCAUACCAUGUUUGGCAAUAAUACAUCUAGUAAUGUUUUCACAUACUAACUCAGGACCAGUAACUCAGGGUUUCUGAGAACUUUCAUUGCCGGUUUAAAACAUUUACCUGAUUACAGCGUUUUAGGGUUUUCUUUGUUGAAUAAUGACACAAAAAUGGACCAUUGAUUUGCAAACAAUUCAGAAACCGCCAUUUAUUGCAAGCUGUUUUAAUGGCCCAUUGUUCAUAGAUGAAACAUUCUAUGUUACUGUUCUAAAACAGUUUAAAUCGGCAAUACUCAAACGGCCCACUUUUCACAACCAGGGAAAACCCCCAUUUACAUUUGUGACGUCAAAAAGUGAGACUAUGAAGUGUGGCUCGUGAUGAAUCUUCAUGCGACACCGGGUAGUAAAACCGGAAGCCUUUUAACAUCACAAUCCUCAUCGGACGGGAUUUGUUCUUCUUGCUUCGUAUGUGAUUCAACCUUUUUAAUAUUCAAACGGUUCUCCCACCAGUAGUUCCAGCUGUAGCUAGCUUUGCUACAACACUGCUUGUUGUAACGAGAACUGACGGCAUACAUGGGUGCAUGGACCUUGUGUCACUGCGACCGUCAACCCCAAAAUACCCCCCCCCAAAUCCUUACAACCGGGGCGCGUAUCCCUGUCGCUCUCACCGGCUUAUCUGGCGUGUCUCACUUGGCAGAGCGAGAGGGUCCCGACCGCUGUGUGGCUUCGGAAUGUGUGUGUCAAAGUGUGUGUGGACGGCCCUGCCUCCGAUUGGGGAAGGAGGAGUGCUUCACUGGCCCCCUGAUGCCUUGUAGAGACUCUCUGAAGUGGAGCCCCUCCAGCUCUCCAAAAUAGACCGACCAUCCAACAGCCAUGAGCCUUUUGGAUCUAAUAUUACAAUAUCGUUUGCGUACAAAAAUUAAAUAUUUUUGGUAUGCUUUUGGAAGU